AAUCCCAGCAUGCAAUGCAACCAGUUACCGCUGGAAAACAACUGCAAACCUCUUUGGAAAUUUUGCCUUUAGGUCGUCCUCAGGAAAAAUAAUGACCUGGAAAGGCCCCCGUAGGGUAGUUUUUGCAAUAAUGGUCACUCCCUAAAUCCAAGGGAGGAAAGGGAGGAGUCUGAGCCAGGUCACUUGCCCCUUCUCCCGUAAACUUCUGUGGCUCUUUGCUUGGUGGCAGCCGUUUGAAGGACCUGGAGUUUUCCCCAUGGCUUCAGUGACCAGAGCGGUGUUUGGGGUCCUGCCGUCGGGGGCCGGAACAGUGGAGAAGUUCCGGCUUCAGUCAGACCUGCUGAGAGUGGACAUCAUCUCCUGGGGCUGCACCAUCACAGCUCUGGAGGUCAAGGACAGGCUGGGGAGAGCCUCAGAUGUGGUGCUCGGCUUUGCCGAGUUGGAAGGGUACCUCCAAAAGCAGCCCUACUUUGGAGCAGUGAUUGGGAGGGUGGCCAACCGAAUUGCGAAAGGAAUAUUCACAUUGGAUGGGAAGGAGUACAAGUUGGCCAUCAAUAAAGAGCCCAACAGUCUGCAUGGAGGAAUCAGAGGGUUUGAUACGGUCCUCUGGACCCCUCGGGUGCUGCCAAAUGGCGUCGAAUUCUCACGUGUCAGUCCAGAUGGUGAGGAAGGCUACCCUGGAGAGUUGAAGGUCUGGGUGACAUACACACUGGAUGGUGGGGAGCUCAUGGUCAACUAUAGAGCACAGGCCAGUCAGACCACACCAGUAAAUCUGACCAACCAUUCUUACUUCAACCUGGCAGGCCAGGGUUCUCCAAAUAUAUAUGACCACGAAGUCACUAUAGAAGCUGACGCUUUUUUGCCCGUGGAUGAAACCCUGAUUCCCACAGGAGAAGUUGCUCCAGUGCAAGGAACUGCAUUUGACCUGAGGAAGCCAGUGGAGCUUGGAAAACACCUGCAAGAGUCCCACAUCGAUGGCUUUGACCACAAUUUCUGUCUGAAGAGAUCUAAAGAAAAGCAGUUUUGUGCAAGGGUCCGUCAUGCUGGAAGCGGGCGGGUACUUGAAGUGUACACCACCCAGCCUGGUGUCCAGUUUUACACGGGCAACUUUCUGGAUGGCACGAUCAAGGGGAAGAGUGGAGCAGUCUACCCCAAGCACUCUGGUUUCUGCCUUGAGACCCAGAACUGGCCCAAUGCAGUCAAUCAGCCCCACUUCCCUCCUGUGCUGCUGAGACCUGGUGAGGAGUAUGACCACACCACCUGGUUCAACUUUUCUGUGGCUUAAGGAAGUGUGAAGUCAUGACUUGUAACAGGACCGACAGGAACUUCCACAGCACCCUGUUUCCUAUCCAGAAAUGAGGCAAAGAUUUAGAGGCUUUAAAAGUGAUCCUGUGAAUUAAAAUCAUAUAAAUGGUAGCUGUCAUGAUAAUCAGUCUGAAUACUGGUUUCCUAGGAGCUUUUCCAAUGGCUGGCUCCCUGCCAUGUCUAAUGACCAGCUCUAUUCUCUGUGUAGUUCAAAGGACAAGGGAACUCAACUGCCAGUGUCACCAUUUAAGCCCUAACCUGAACACAGAAGUGGUACCAAGGACCCUCAAGCUCAGAGGCAGUGGUGCCUGGUCAGGUGUUGUUGGCUCCAUCAUUUCACCCUGCCCCUUUCUUUUCUGCUUUUCACUGUCCCUUUCUUCUUUCCUACUGUCUCACUCCUUUUCUUUUUCGUCUUCCUCUACCUCAAACAGCACAUUCGGGUUUUCAAACGUGACAUCAGCCCAUUCAGCAUGCUGGCAGAUGGAACGCUCUGCCUCUAGCUCUGAUGGAAGGAUGCGGUCUCCGAGGCUGAGAGAGGUUAAGCGACAUACCUAUAGGCACCCAGCUGGUAAAACUUUUGGCCAGAACUUGAGUUCAGGUCAUGUGGACUCAAGUUCCUUCUUUUCCUGCUCCUCCACCUUGGUCUGCACUGAGGGCCAAAGGGGGAUCUUACCCUUGCUGUGGUGAUUAGAGCCAGCCGUUCUUCCCAGAUUCACUGUUAUGAGAAGCAAUAGGUUGAGUUUAACUGUUAGUCCUGGAGAUGGUUUAACUUAAAGUAGAAAAUCAAAUUAUGGAGAAUCUGUCAUUUAGACUUUCUGCCUUUGAGAUUACCUGAGAAAGCCCAGCCGAGCACAGGCAUGGGUAAGAAAGGAGACAUUGGAGAUAGGAGCCAUGCUAGUGUGAGGGGCACGCCUUGCCUUGUGAUGGGCAGUGAGGAUUACACAUUGCCCUGGGAGCAGGUGUCAUACAGACGAGGCUGGGGGCACUCUCCUUUCCUGGACAAUUAAAUAAUCAGUGAUGGGUCUGGGUUGGUGCUUUUUAAGGAAAUGUUUUAUGCUAUCAUGUACUAUCAAUCAGUUCAAAUAAAUCCAAAAUCUGCACCUCAGAAGACUCCAAUUC